GCUGAAACCCUACAGACGCCACAGCUUCAGUGGACAGCUCCGUGGUGCUGAAACCCCACAAGACACCACUUUGACACACGCGCUUCAGCCCGAGACACGAACUGGAACCAUGGACCGAUCCUCUUGGAAACUUUUUCUACUUUCUUGCCUGGUUUUUGUGGAGAGCUCCGCGCAAGACUUCGGACAGACGCAGUUUAUUUGCACGUCGGUGCCCAAGGAUAUGGACUUGUGCACGGCUACGAUGCAGAACAGCGGGCCGGCGGAGGACCUGAAGACCACCGUCAUGCAGCUGCGGGAAACCGUGCUGCAGCAGAAGGAGACCAUUAUGAACCAAAAGGAGACAAUCAGGGAACUAACGUCCAAGUUGAGUCGGUGCGAGAGCCAGAGCCUCCCGGCCGCGGAGGGACCCGGCGGGAGGCGACCGGGGGCGAAGAACACGAUGGGGGACGUAUCCCGGGGCACUACAGACACUCUGGCUCAGCUGGGUCAGACUUUACAGACCCUCAAACAGAGACUGGAGAAUCUAGAGCAGUACAGCCGAGGGAAUAACACGGUGCAGGCGAACAGCCUCAAAGAUCUGCUGCAAAACAAGAUAGACGACAUGGAGAAGCAGGUUCUGUCCCGGGUCAACACGUUAGAGGAGACCAAACCGGGCCCCAGGAAUGACACCGAGCAGCGGAACAGAGUGGAGUCCACGCUCACCUCUCUGCACCACCGGAUCACAGACCUGGAGAAAGGCAAAGACAACAGACCCACGGAUAAGUUCCAGCUGACCUUCCCUUUGAGAACUAACUACAUGUAUGCCAAAGCCAAGAGGAGCCUUCCUGAGAUGUACUCCUUCAGCGUGUGUCUGUGGAUCAAGUCCAACGCCUCCCCUGGGGUGGGGACACCCUUCUCCUACGCUGUCCCAGGUCAGGCCAAUGAGCUGGUGCUGAUCGAGUGGGGAAACAACCCCAUGGAGAUCCUCAUCAAUGACAAGGUUGCAAAGCUACCGUUUCUCAUUAACGACGGAAAAUGGCAUCACCUGUGCAUCACAUGGACGACCCGCGAUGGGAUGUGGGAGGCCUUUCAGGACGGAGUGCUGCGUGGAAAUGGAGAAAACCUGGCACCGUACCAUCCCAUCAAACCAGAGGGAGUGCUGGUCCUGGGACAAGAACAGGACACGCUGGGAGGAGGCUUUGAUGCAACACAAGCCUUUGUUGGUGAGUUGGCAAACUUAAAUAUCUGGAAUAGGAAACUUUCGAUUGCAGAGAUCUACAACUUGGCAACCUGCAACAGCAAAGCACCAGCCGGCAACGUCUUCUCCUGGACAGAGAGCAACAUUGAAAUAUUUGGAGGAGCGACCAAAUGGACCUUCGAGCCUUGCCGUUCAAACAACUGAACUGUGUUUCACCGUUUGAGAAAAAGGCCUCUCUGUAUUUCUGAGCUUUUUGUCGUUCUUUGUCUUCGUUUGACAUUUGUUAGAGACUAUUUGAGUUGUUGGUAAGCUUAAAUCUGGGAUUUCUAUCAUUCUUAGGUAUUUAUGUGCAAAACAACACUUUUCAUCUGGAAGAGAGACAAAAAAAAAACCUCAAGUGAGAAAGUACUGGUAUUUGUUUUUCCUUUUUUUUCUCCCCCUCCUUCGGACGUUGAAAGCACACUUAAGCUUUUUCAUUUGGCUUAUUUUGUCUUGGACUGGCAGCUGGCAAUCUGCGCCUUAUGUUUGGACAAUUCACAAAAUGAGGAAUUACAUAACCACUCCCAACCCUUUCCCUGUGGAGAGCGGGAGAUUACGCUGUCUGUCCAAUUCUUGUCAGUGUUUGGAGCUGUGAAGUGAUGUCUGAUGCCGGUAGAGCUCCCUGUAAACCCCCCCAGCCCCUCCACCUCACCCCACCCUCACCCCCUACCCCUACCCCUACCCUGCUCCCCACCCCCACCCCCAUCACCAUCACUCUGCCCCACCCCUCCGGAACUUGCACUGUGACUGACGAAGAGGAGAAUGCCAGGAGAGGUUGGGUAUGUUUGAAGGACACUGCAAAGUCAGACUGUGGUACAAGACAAUUUGUAAUCGUUGUUCGCUUCAAGUAUUUCUGUAAGAAUGUCGUUAACUUGCCAACAUUGCUACAAAGCCUGGGUGCCUUGGGCUGGUACAAAUAUUCAGCACAUUCAGUAUGUUUUCAGUUGCAAAUUUAAUGUUUAUCUGGUUUUUUUUUUUUUGGUUUUUCCUUUUGAGCUGGGUUUAGUUUCUUGUUCCUCUGGUAAAUGUAAUUUAAUUUAUGAUCCAACAUGACGUGUUUUGGCAGGUGUUUGUACUACUCUGUAUUAGGAAUGUUACAGUAUCUGUAUAGUAACAGCAUGAAUGACAGAGUGCUGUGAAAGCAUUGUUGAAAUCUGCUUUACUAUCUUCUCUGGGUCUGGGUUUUUUACUGUAUUGUUAUAUGCUCCAAGCAUGGCAAAACUGAGAGAUGAAGAAUUUAAUUUUUGUAAUAAAAUUGUGAUACUUAAUGUCAGCGCA